UAAUUGAUCCUGCUGAGAGACAAAACAUUGAAUCCAGACGAAACGACGUCGCAUCAAGCAGCUUGUACGCCUAUCUAGACCGUCGCCGGUGGCCGUAAUUUUGGGGGUAAAACGUCACCGUAUUGUGGCCGGGGGGGAGAAAAUUGGGGAUGGGGUUCUUGAUAACAACCCUCAUCUUCGUGGUGGUUGGGAUUAUUGCAUCCCUUUGCGCCAGAAUCUGCUUCAACAGAGGACCUUCUGCUAAUUUGUUACACCUUACUUUGAUUAUUACUGCAACGGUAUGCUGUUGGAUGAUGUGGGCAAUAGUGUAUUUAGCGCAGAUGAAUCCGCUAAUUGUUCCGAUUUUGAACGAUGCAGAGUGAUAUGUUUUGGUUUACGAGAAAGCAUGUGCGUUCGUUCCCACUUCGGAGGCUAAAUUAUUGUUUGUGAAUCGAAAAAUUGGAGAGUGAUUUAUAUUACUUGCGUGUUUUAUAAUGUGCUCUAUCACCUUUCCUGUAAAAAGUUUCUUGUUAUGAUAUUUUAUGUUUUAUUUUU